CAUUGGCGGAUCACCUUCAUUCAACAUGUCUGAAACGCUCCGUCUGAUUCUCGUGUGUUCUUUCUUUUCCGUUGGGUGGGGCACAGUGAGUUUUUUGCAGCGUCCUCCUAACUGCGAUAAAGACGUACGGCUCGCGUAUUCCGUUCUCAGCACACACGACGUUUAUAACAGACUCCAGUGCUACUUGAAAUGCCUUGAGGAUCCGGCAUGCCUCUCCUUCAACUUUGAAGAUGUGUCUGAUAACAAGACUCGAAUUUGCGAGUUGAAUUCAAGGAUUGUGGACAAGAGAGGAAAUAAUAUGGAAGCGAAGGAAGGCUACGCAUACUAUGAAAAGGCAGAUGGAUUUGGCAAAGGCAUCCAAAGUUGCAGUAUUACUGACAAGUCAUAUGUAUACACAAAUAUACAACUCCAGUCUAGGAACUUCCCGACAUAUUACUUUUCAUACGAUACCAGCGCUUCUGACAGAGCUAAAAUUCUUCUGGACGACAGAAAGACUUUCAGACUCCUACGACCUGGAUUGACGGGAGAGGAAGGAACUGUUUCCAUCGAGUCCAACGAUAAACCAGGUCACUUCUUUCGGUACCGCGCAGACACCAACGCCGUAGAUCUCUGGGGAACCGAUCCAGCAUCUUACAGUCCAGAAACUUUCUACGAGGACGCUACCUUCAAAAUUCGAUAUGGCACCUGGUUUACCGGGUAUUUGGGGUUUGAGGCAGCGUAUAAUCCAGAGAAAUAUAUUUCUCACGGAAACUAUCUUUUGUCUGUCGCCACCUUUGCCGAUACAAGCGGUUUCAAAAAUAACGCUGCUUUCAAAAUAGUUCCAGCUCCGACCUAUCUUUACACAGGCAUUAGAAUGCAGUCCCAAAACUACCAGUCACAUUAUCUGUCCUACGAUGGAAACAACUACUGCUACAUUAUUAGCGGUGAUUCCAAAACCUUCAACAUUUGGAGUCCCGGUCUAACCGGAGUGGCGGGAACGGUGUCCAUCGAAUCUGUUGACAAGCCUCAUUGGUUCUUUCGGUACAAGAUCUCUAACUCGGCCUACACCAAUCUUGAAUACCGACCAUCCCCAGCACAAGGAAGUUCGAAUUUUGAUGAGGAAGCGACCUUUAUCAUCAGGCAGGAUAUUUUAUACAGCGGAUGGUUUGCUCUGGAAGCUUCUACGAUGUCUAACUACUAUCUUCGCCACACGGGAUAUCGUAUGUACCUACACCAUAAUGUUCAUACGUCGGCUGAUGCUGCGUAUCGUUUUGUUUAGGUACGAAUAUUCUCGAUUUUAACUUUCGCCACAACGGAUGGUUUGCUCUUGAGAUUGAGACUUAAUAUUCCGGUAUUAUCUCCGACGUUCAGGUUAUCUGAUGUAUCUUGAUCAUGCCACAGACCUGAUGAUUAAAAUUGUUGUACUCUUAAAUAUCGUUUUCACAAGACAUCUGUUUUCAAUGAGCGACUCGCCGGCAUCUUACUCGAUUGGUGUUUGAAGACCUGAUUUGUAUAUUGUGUUUUUUCUCUUUAAAAUAAUACAUAAAACUUAGAAUGAUAUUUUCUGUCUAAUAUGCGAGAUGUUAAGUGCUUUUAAGACAGUGUUAUGUAUUGUCAACUAUCACUUGUCAUUUUGGGAACAAACCUGGCUGUCAAGCUUUGGACUAGUUGCAGUUUGUACAAUUGAUUUUGACUUAGA